AUUCCGGACGUUGAAGAAGGCAUGCACGCCGUUCCGCUUGACGUAGUAUUUUCCUGUAUUGAGUGUCCUUCAGAAGCCACAAAUGUGAUUUGAGAAACGAUACAAUUAUACAACCAAGAUCAGUACAAAAAAACUUAUGAAACGUAAGUAAGCAGAGUGGUAAAAUACUACCAGAAAUGUGGCGAGUCAAAACGUGUCUUUAAAUGGCAAACGAUAGUAGUGACAGCCGGUUUUACAACCGAUUUGAUUGAACCGGCCAUUCGACCCAAACUACACGAAAUAAAGUCAAGAUGAAUAAAAUAACGGUUCUGAUUGGUGCAAGGCUGCAAGCAAGUAGGAGCGUGCUCUGAUUGGCCAGUUCUCACAUGACCGCGUUGUGUAUGGAAACCUUCCUCACUCGAACUAUCGCACAUAUGAAAAGCUCAUACUCUUCUUCCGCGGUACAGCUUCUCUCUGUUACUCGCGAAGAGAGAAAUCUCUUGGCGGUGUUCCACUUCUUACGUAUACGUCCAAUCGGUUAUACUAGUAUAGUACUGAUUCAAAAAAUUCGGUAAUUUCUUCAAGCUGUUCGCAUUGCUGGCGUGAGACCCGUUUGGAAGCCCUAGCUUUUCCGUUUGUAAUUUUGAUUUCCGUGCCUCUUGUCAUGGCACAUCGGAGAUCAAAGUUAUUGCUGUUUUUUUGCUUCGCGGCAUACUGCCUGAUCGCCAUUGCAGCGAAGAGCUACUAUGAUGUUCUCCAUGUUCCGAAAGGCGCCUCGGAUGAGCAAAUAAAGCGUGCGUAUCGGAAGCUCGCGUUGAAGUAUCAUCCGGAUAAAAAUCAAGGGAACGAGGAGGCGAACAAGAGAUUUGCAGAAAUUAAUAACGCUUAUGAGGUUUUGUCGGAUAGCGAGAAGAGAGGUAUAUAUGAUAGAUAUGGCGAAGAAGGUCUCAAGCAGCAUGCGGCUAGUGGUGGGAGAGGAGGAGGAGGCGGUAUGAAUAUUCAAGAUAUUUUUAGCUCUUUCUUUGGUGGAGGUCCCAUGGAAGAGGAAGAGAGGGUUGUGAAAGGUGAUGAUGUAAUUGUUGAUUUGGAUGCCACACUUGAAGACUUGUAUAUGGGGGGUACUUUGAAGGUUUGGAGGGUAAAAAACGUAAUAAAACCAGCUCCAGGGAAGAGGAGGUGCAACUGUAAAAAUGAGGUUUACCACAAACAAAUUGGUCUUGGGAUGUUUCAGCAAAUGACAAAGCAGGUAUGUGAAAAGUGCCCAAAUGUGAAGUAUGAAAGGGAAGGUGAUUUUAUUACUGUGGAUAUCGAGAAAGCAAUGCAGGAUGGACAAGAAGUGGUAUUUUAUGAAGAAGGUGAACCAAUCAUUGAUGGCGAAGCAGGAGAUCUUAAGUUUCGCAUACGUACUGCAUCUCAUGACCGGUUCAGAAGGGAAGGCAAUGAUCUGCAUACAACAGUCACUAUUACUUUGGUUCAAGCUCUUGUUGGUUUUGAGAAGACUGUCAAACACCUGGAUGAGCAUUUGGUGGACAUCAGCUCCAAGGGAAUCACAGAACCGAAGCAAGUGAGGAAGUUUAAAGGCAAAGGCAUGCCGUUACAUUUUAAUAACAAGAAGGGCGAUUUAUACGUGGCGUUUGAGGUUGUUUUCCCGACCUCAUUGACGGAUGAGCAGAAGACAAAGAUCAAGGAAAUACUAGCGCAGCUAUAAGAUCCUCUGUGGAGAGAGAGAUGUAACCAUUCUGAUUC